GCAACGAGCAGCGCGGCGACGCCACGCCAGGACCGUACUGAACCUCCACAUACUGAGCUCACUGUGUACUGGGACCUGGUGGAUGGACACCUGUGAGACUGGAGCGGCUGAUGAGCUGAGGACGUGGACAUAAGACGCAGAGUCCGGCUGGACGUUCAGAUUUACUGAGAGAUGGAAGGACAGAGCCGGAGGGUGGUGCUGUGGACGAUCGGGGUGGUGCUGCUGCUGUCAGGGUAUUUCUACACAGAGACCGAUGCAACUUGGGAGCAGACGUUGGACUCGGAGGAGCGUGGUGAACAUUUGGACUCAGACCAGCUUCUGUACAGACAACACGGCGCUCUAUCUCGAAGAAAAAGGAAUAUCUUGUUUCCCAGCGGAGUCAAGUUUUGCACUCAGGAGACGUUCGACCAGGCCGUCGCCAACCACCUCAACUACUUCCACCUCAGAGUGUGCCAGGAGACGGUGUGGGAGGCAUAUAAAAUCUUCUGGGACCGGCUGCCAGAGCGGGACGAGUACCAGGAUUGGGUCGGUCGCUGCAUGGACGGCUCCGCCACUGUCAUGGACAUUGGCCGGUUCUUCAGCCAAUCAGAGGAACACAUCAGCCUUGUCAAGAGUAGAGUCGCCAUGGCUACGGCGAUGAACAGUGUGCCCAUCACCUCAGGUCCUCCUCCAUGCAGCUCUGAAACAACAACGGUCCAGACUGCAGAAUCAGUGACUCAGCCAGGGGAAGACGUUAACACGGAAGUGAUAACAGCAGAAACAGGUGAAACAGCAGAAGAAGAACUAGCAGUUGAAAUAGAAGAUGUCACAUCAGAGAUAAUCUCAACCGACCAAGAUGACCUUUCACCGGACUUUGAGGGCACUGAUUGGACACCUCCAUUCUCUACAACCGAAGGGUCUGUUCAAGAGGCUGCAACAUCCUGGAUCAGGAUCCCUGUGGAUUUGACCUCUGAGCCUGAGGAAGAUGUCCAGGAGACUGGAGGUGGCAUCACUUCAGAAAGUCCCCCUUUGGUCAUUACUGACACUCUGAAGACUGAAGAAAUAGGUGUUGAGGACAUUGCAGAGGAUAUUGCCACAGAGGUUAGUGAUUCUGAUAAGCCCUUUGAUGGGCUUGUUGAGGAUGUGGGGCGAGACCAAACUGUCCCAGAUACAACAGAGGAGGAGGCUGCUGUGGAAGAUGCAGUAAUUUCUGAUCUUGGGAAUGUGCCUGGAUCUGAAGGGAUUAAAGAAGUUACCCCAAAAGGUGAAGAGCCACCCUCAGAAGCCAUGGCUGAAGAGGUCCUCACAGCAGCUACUGUUGUAGUUCUUACAAGCCCCACCACAGUACCUGCUACAGAAACUGCCACACUGGAAGAGUUAGGGCAGGAGGAAUUCCUACAACCUGCUGCUGAGGCUCCAUCAGAAGAUGUGACCAAGCUUACCCCAGAGACAACUUCUGAGGUUGUUGUGGGCCCAGAAGGUGGAGAAGUUCCAGACAACUCUUUGGAUAUCACCCCAGAUGUUGCGUUGACUGAUGAGGUUCAAACUGCGGAUUCACCAGAGCCAACUGAUGAAAUUGUGCCAGAUGCACCUGAAGUAGUUGAAGCAGCAAUUCUUGAAGAACCCGAGGAACAUCCUUCAGACGUCAAAGUCAGCCAAGAUGAAACUGAAGUCAACACAGAGGCAACUCCAACUGUAUAUCUGAUAACAGAUCAAGAUUCAGAAGAAGAAGAUGAAGUAUUUCUAAAUGUGACUCCAGAGCAAGAAUCUGUCUCGGACAUGGAAAUGGAGGUUCCUUCUCAGGCCUUGAUUCUGACAACAGACAAGAUAGCAGUAGAAGUUAAUAAAGACGCUGGAGAGGGCGACGCACCAGAAGACACACCAAAGCUAACGGCCGAGGUUACUUCUGAGCCUGUUGUAGUGAUCUUACAAGAUGACAAGGAUGAAGAUUCCUCCUUUGUCCCUGAGGAGGUGCCACCAGAUGCUACAGUGGCCGAGACGGAGGUCACAGAGGAAGACACACCUGAGGAGAAAAAAACAGUAGCAGAGGCAACAGAAGAAGAGGUGAAAGUAGAAGUCAAACACGAAGAAGCUUCGGUUGUUGUUAAAGAUCAGACAACUGAAGCUGCUGUUGAAGUGGAGUCCACGGAAGUAAUAACAGCAGAGACAGGUGAAACAGCAGAAGAAGAACUAGCAGUUGAAAUAGAAGAUGUCACGGUGGGGGAAGAGGAAGUGGUCGAGGCAGCAGAGGAAAAACUAUCAGAGAAAAAAGAAGGGGCAACAGUUACCGCGGAGGAUACAUUACAAGCUCCAGUACACGUCACAGCAGAAGAAGAACCAGCUGAGGCUACAGUAGAAACAGAAAUCACUGAAGAACGGCCAGUAGAGACAGUAGAUGAGACUACAAAAGAAGAAGGAACAACCCAGACUACAGGAGAACCAGUUGAAAGUGCAGAAACACCUGAGGAAUCUCUUGAACCUGAAGAGAAAAAAGAAACAGAUGUAACAGCACAAGAAGCAGAACCUGAACAAGAAACUGUAGAAACAGCAGAGCCGACAGGAGGUGCUGCAAAAGAGGAAGAACCUGCAGCUGAAACUACUGAAGAGACAGAACCCACAGGAGAAACAGCACAGGGAGUGGAACCUGUAGAAGAAACUGCAGAGGAGUCAACAGAAUCCUCAAGAGUACCAGCACAGGAAGUGGAACCUGCAGAAGAUACUGCAGAGGAGUCAACAGAAUCCUCAAGAGUACCAGCACAGGAAGUGGAGCCUGCAGAAGAUACUGCAGAGGAGUCAACAGAAUCCACAAGAGUACCAGCACAGGAAGUGGAGCCUGCAGAAGAUACUGCAGAGGAGUCAACAGAACCCUCAAGAGUACCAACACAAGACGUGGAACCUGUUAAAGAAACUGCAGCAGAAACAGAACUCACAGAAGAACCAACACAAGAAGCAGAACUUGUUGAAGAAAUUUUAGAAGAGACAGAACCCACCAGAGAACCAGCACAAGAAGCAGAACACAUAGAAGAGGUUGAUGAAAGGAAUGAACCUACGGACAGAAUUGCACAAGACGCAGAGCCUGAAGUGGUAACGGAUAAAUCGGAUCUUGAUAUAACAUCUGUAGAUAAAGAACAAGAAGCAGCAGGAGGGGAACCAUCGGACAGAGAAGAAGCAACUUCUGAGGUCUUGGAGGAGAUAUCAGAGGACGAAGUCAGUAUUGCCGAAUCAGAAACAGAAGAAUCUGAACCAGAAGUUGCUGAGGAAGUUGUCCCAGAGACUCUUGAGGAAACCCGAGACAUUGAUGAGGAGAUUACUCCGGUUAUUUUUGUUGUUCCCGAAGAUACCGAAAUUUUAUCACCCGCAACAGAGGUGGAGGAAAUGCCUGAACCAGAGGUAACAGUGGAACUUCCAGAAGACCCCCAAGUAAGAGAAGCACCAGACACCAGUAGUAAGGGUACUACACAGGUGGUUGAGCCUGAAAGGAAAGUUCCAGAAUCGGAAUCUUUCCCUGAGAGAGAAACUGUCCCAGAGGCUGCGAGUGAAACAUCGCCAGAGGUUUCCCAUCCAGGGACUGCCACAGGGGGAGAUAUCACCGAAGCAGACGAGGUCAACCUAGAGUUUCCUGAUGAGCCUGUCCCAGAGGGCACACCUGAAGAAGACCUAAGUGAGGACAGCGUUCAGGUUGUCCCAGGGGAAGUUGAGGGUAUCUCCCCUGAUGUAUCAGCAGAGGAUGCAAAUCAAAUCACGACAGAGGCCCCAGCGGAGGUCACAUCAGAGCCCCUUGCCAAAAUCACCCCAGAAUCUGUUGCGGAGGUCACUGCAGGGACAACGCAAGGCACUGCAGUGGAUGGCACUGAGGAGGCCACCCCUGGUCCCUCUUUGGAGGUCACAACAAAGUACAUAGUGGAGUAUAACAACGGCAACUUCCCAGACCUAACAGAAAGGCCUUAUGACUUAGAGGACAACUUAUUUGGAAACAACGCCUUUGGGUUGGAGGACGAGAACUCGAUCGGUAAUGAGAUAGAUGACACCCUGCUGUGGCCCCAGAGGCCCCUGAAGGACCAGGUUGUGGAGCUGAGCCUGAAGCUGAGAGGAGAAACCUACAACGACGCCCUGAGAGACCCGAGCAGCUUCCACUACCAGCAGCUGGCCCGACACUUCACACGCAGGAUCGAAGACGCCUUUGAGAGGCUGCCAGGCUUCAAGAACGUCUACAUCGUUGAAUUCAGGCCACAGAAGGACCUGGAACGAGGUUUGGUGGUCCUGGUGCACUACGCCAUCACCUUGGAAGUGGACAGUGCCAGCGGCAUCGCCAAUGACACGCUGGACUUCAUCUCCCUGCAGAACAACCUGGUGGAGAAGAACUAUCCCGGAGCUGCCGAGCAGCCCACCGUCGUCUACACCAUCACUGACUUCCGCAACUACAUCACCGAGGCGCUGCACAAGGACAACUUCAUGUCCAACAGCAGCCUGGAGACGCAGCCGGACGACCCGCAGCUGGAGAAUGCGGAGAACUUGUUACCUGAUGUGAAACCUACGAGCCGAACGGCCGACGCCUUCAACAACAUGGAUAACGUCCUCGCUGCAGAGAAGCCUCCCGACGCUCCGCUUCAUGAGGCGGACACCAGCAACGUUUUCCUCAACAAAGAGGACUUCCUGUUUGACCCCUUUGACCAGUGGAAAGGUCCUCAGGGCGACGUAGUGAGCGAGAAUGACGUCUUCAUGUUUGACGAGAGCACGAGGCCUCCGGCCGCAGAAUUCCCUGAGCUGCAGAGUGAGAAUAACGGAAACAUUGAAGAUGAAGAAUUCCUCCUGAGUAACGCUCCUGCUGCCGGAGACGACGCCCCCCGAGGGGACCAUGCAGCCGGUCCUGGCGGCUCCUCUGCAGCCGCCCCCCUUUCGACACCGGUGAAACCUCAGACAGGCUCUGAGGUCACGCUGGAUGAAGGAUCUGGCUCUGGUUUCUCUGGAGACGGCCAGGGAGCUGAUCUCUGGUCCUGGCAGCCAGCAGCAACCUCUGAUGGCGCUGGCUUCUAUGAGGAGGGUGACGGCAGCCUGGAGGUGCUACCGCCGCCUGAUCUUGAGGAAACCGAGGAUGAAGAUGAGGACGUUGGUGUUGAGUCAGUAGCCACUGAGAAAGCGGAUGUAAUUGCCAUGGAAGUUGAGUUCACAAGUGCUCCCCCUUUGCAGGCAACAACAGUUCCUGCUUUUGAGGAAUCAGUGCUGGAUAGAGGCAUUGAGGAACCUUUCUUGGACCAGGUUUUGAUUACACCACACAUCAGCACUGACCCUCGGUACUCAACCACCACCACAGCACCUGUAUUCUCGCCAAAAGGAACCUUGAACAUAGAACUUUCAGUAAAAACAGUGGAGACAUCUCUCAUCUAUGAUGACUACUCCUCUACUGGACCUCACACCCGUGCAGCACCAGUCACAGAUUCUCCUGAACCUGAAGCCUGGACUCGUGAGGCCCCUGUUUUUGCAGGGCCAACUGAUUCGGCAGUUAAGCUUCCAGAAAUCACUAAAGAUGUACAAGUAACUACUGAAACAGCAACAGAGCUUCCAGUGGCUACAGAUGGGUUUAAAUCAGAAGAUGUACCUGAGAAAAAGGAGGUUGAAGUCAUUGUUGCACCUGAAGUACCUGAUCCUGGCGUUUCCUCAACCGAAGGGUCCCCUACGAUUGUCGAAGUCCAGGCAGUCACAGUCAAAGAAACCAGUUUUGAUUCAGUCACUGAAGAGCCGCCAGAACUCGAGAUACUUACAGAAAAACCCAAACUGCUGCUGCCAGAAACCGAAGACCAUGGUGAAGUUGAGAUUUUGGAGGUGCAACACAUUGGUGGCGCUGAUCCUGAGAUAACGACGGUGCCGGCAGUUGGCAUCCAAGAUGAGGAUCUGACUGCGGAUGAAGUCAUGGUUGUCACCACGACAGCUGCUCCUGUCCUCACUUCCUCUGUAAGUUCAGACCACAGCAGCAGCAUCGCGCUCUCGCCUGAAAAGGACUCACCAUUUACUCGAGUGUCGGAUUCAGCGCCAGAAGAUGAGGAACCGGUUCACCAUGAGCAUCCAAACCAUGAAGACGUUGAAGAAGUUCCAGUGAGCAGUCCAACUGAAGAUGUUCCUCAUUUAACGCCAUCAGUGGUGGUUGUGAACAAAACAGAAGAUGCUCCAAUGGAUGCUGUAGAAGUGCCGCCAGGUGCUUCAGCACAAGAUGAAAAUUCAUUUACCACCUUGACGGAUACUUCAGAGAGUAAAUUAGAUAGCGAUACGGUCCAAACAACGUCCUUGCUUCAGGAAGUUAACAACAACACCCCCAUUACUGAGAUCCAACCUUUCGAGCACAUUUUUUCCGACGUGCCAAGCAUCAAUGUCAGCUUUGAUUUGUUCCAGUAUGGCGGUGUGGCAACUGAGGCUGACAGCAGUGGCUUCUCGAGCGGGGCUCAGGGGUCAGACCUGGAUGCCAUCGCAUUACCGACCCGACCCGGCAGGGCCCUGACGGUGUUCUUCAGCCUAAGGGUGACCAACAUGGCGUUUUCCAUGGACCUCUUCAACAAGAGCUCCCCUGAGUACAAGGCUCUGGAGCAACGGUUCCUCCAACUGCUGGUCCCGUACCUUCAGUCCAACCUGAACAACUUCCAGAACCUGGAGAUCCUUAACUUCAGGAAUGGCAGCAUCGUGGUGAACAGCAGGAUGAGGUUCGGUAAGCCAGUUCCCAAAGGGGUAACCAACGUCGUCUACCUCAUCCUGGAGGACUUCGCCAACACUGCCUACCAAACCAUGAACCUGGCCAUCGACAAGUACUCGCUGGACGUCGAAUCCGGUGACCGGGCGGACCCCUGUAAGUUCCAGGCAUGUAACGAGUUCUCCAGGUGUAUGGUGAACAAGUGGUCAGGCGAGGCCGAGUGCGUGUGCGAUGCCGGGUACCUGAGUGUGGAUGGCCUGCCGUGUCAGAGCAUCUGUGAAGUGCAGUACGACUUCUGCCUCAACGACGGCAAAUGUGACGUCAUCCCCGGCAAGGGUGCCAUCUGCAGGUGUCGGGUUGGUGAGAACUGGUGGUACCGUGGUGAGCACUGCGAGGAGUAUGUCUCCGAGCCACUGGUGGUGGGCAUCGCCAUAGCCUCAGUGGCCGGCUUUCUCAUGGUGGCGGCCGGGAUCAUCUUCUUCCUGGCAAGGACGCUGCGAGAGCAAUACGAUGGGGAGGACACAGAGGACCCUCUACGACGGGGCGACAGUGUGCCAACACUGGAGCGAGCCACCAAGUUCAACCCCAUGUUCGAGAGUGACCCGGUCAUGGCCCAGUAUUACCGUCGCUACGACGAUGAUGUGCCCCGGUACAGCAGAUCUGCUGGGGCCGAUGGCUCCAGAGACAUUGGCAGCAAUGAGAUACAACACAUCUACCAGGACACCACGCUAACCAAGGAGGAGAUCCAGGAGCGUCUCAGGAUAAUCGAGUUGUGUGCCAGAGAUCAACACUUUGCAGACUUUGUGCGACAGACUCAAGUAUUCCUGGAGAGGAGAGGAAGCUCCACCACAUAGCGAGUCCUGAGCCGGUGACCUCGAGAAACCUGCCUUCGUCUCUGAUUCCUGGGAGGGCGAGGAGUUCGUCUUCUGUCCAGUCGACUCUUCUGGAGGUGAAGGUGACGAGAAGGGUUCGGGAGUUUGUUUUGGACGGACGCUCUCUCCAGGUGGCCUGAAGUGAACUUUGACCUCUGCUUGGUCACCUCUCACCUCCACCUUCCACCUCCACCUGUACAUACUGUGUUGUUUGUUUUUACCACUUCAGUCUCUAUUCACUGCGUCCUCGACACUUUCACUGCUGAGUACCUCUGUCUUACGCUUUCAGACGGACUUCAUGGCUUUCAUCUUCAACUCAAGGGCUUGUGUUUGCGUCCCAACCUGUCGCCGCUGUCAUACAAAAAAAAAAAAAAACCAUAACACAUCGCUGGAGGUUUGUCGGCAGUCGUUGGGUUUGCUUCAGUCGGUCGGUUUGAUUCCGACAUUUUUCCGCUCCUCCCUGUCAGUGCCUUCACCGCUCUGUUAGCUCCUCUGGGAUACGAUACGCAGACUCUCAGAGCCCUUGAUGCCCUGUUACUUCCACGACAACCCGGAUCACCACGCCACCAAUCACCUGCUCAACAAACUCAAAUGUUUACAUUUCUCAACCAACGCUGGAGUGUUAUCAGAUGUGUAGGACGUGUAGCCUGUCAGUGUCUUGUUUGUUUUUUUAAGGAGUCCGACCCAGGAAGUUUCGUCACCAAACGGAAACUUCCAGAAACCAGUUUCCAAACAACCAGAGACAUGUUUGAACGCUGCCGAGGUGUCAACUUGGCAGCGAGACAGACAUAUUACAACUGUGAAAUAACUUUGUUACAACAGAUUCUGAUUAUCAUCCCAAGGUCUGAUGAUUUGAACAUAUUUAACCCUCUCACGUGAAUCUCUUUGCCAACAGAUGGAGGAUGUUGAUUAUCAGUAUUUAAUGAAGCACUGCGUCGUCCUGCUGCAGCUUUACCGCUUCAAACAGCUGGAAAUCAGUUGCAUUGUUGUGUGCAAGAACAUUUGUGCUUUAAGAUAUUUUAUAUUAAACUCAA